AUGGCCGGCCACGUCGCAGGCUCUGUGCGCUGGACAGCCCUUCAGAACGUCACGGUCGGCGACGUCAUCUCAGCCAUGGGAUCUGAAGCCCAUAGUCACGAAGCACUGUCGCGGCAGACGCAUCUGGCAAUCCUGAUCAACGGACGAUGGCAGCCAGAAGAGCAGCCAGUCGACUGGUGCGACAGCAUGCUCGAAGACACGUGCGAGGACUUGGAGAGCAGAGACCACUCGAUUCGCGACUCCGAACAGGCGGACUUCGAGGACGGGUUCGACGACUGGGACUGGGUCGACAGUGAGAUGCAGCGCGAAGCCGAGGAAGAUGCGCGUGAGAGAGUACAGUGGAGCAAAGAAAUGGAAAUCCAGAAUGAAUACCGCCAGCGUCUCGCCAACAUGACGGUGAAGUACCUGAACAUGCAAGGUAGCGAAACCCACACCUCGAAGCCUUAUCCACUCUGCCAUGUCGAACCGUGCGAGUCUUUCCGGGAAGCCUGGCUGCACACUUUGCACGAAGGAAACAGCCCAGAUCGCCGUCUCUCCCUGCGCCAACUACGUCUCAGACGACAAGAAAUUAAGAAGCCUAUCCCGGCGGAAACGCUGCAAUAUCGCAGCGCCAGGGAAGUCUUGCUUCACGAUUUGGACAGCGGUCCUGCAGGACCCAUCCCCCUCGACACCACGAAGCUGGUCUUGGGCGGGGGCGUGAUCACAGACACCUGGAGCUGGCGUGAACUGUUGGGUCACAGCUUGAGCAACGACGUCGUGCACGUGCAAGUUGUCUACAUCUCAGAGAAAGCCACAGGACAGGGAUGGUGCAGCAAUCCGCAGUGCCGCCAAGCCGAAAAAGAGGAGUGCCUGGCCCAGAAGAGCGCAGAGAAAAUUGCUCGGCAGCAACAACGGGCAGCGCAGGGAGCGGGCAGUCGUGGACCCUUGCGCGAAGAGAACAGCAGAAAGGCAGAGCGCCGACAGCUGCAUGAGGAAAGGGCGCGAGCAAAGGCAGAGGAGGAAGCAGGCGGCCGUGGACCUUUGCGUGAAGAAGACAGCAAAGAAGCAGAGCGCCGACAGCUGCGUGAGGCAAGGGCGCGGGCAAAGGCAGAGGAGGAAGCGGGCGGCCGUGGACCUUUGCGGGAAGAAGACAGCAAAGAAGCAGAGCGCCGACAGCUGCAUGAGGCAAGGGCGCGGGCAAAGGCAGAGGAGGAAGCGGGCGGCCGUGGACCUUUGCGGGAAGAAGACGGCAAAAGGGAAGAGCGCCGACAGCUGCGUGAGGCAAGGGCACGGGCAAAGGCAGAGGAGGAAGCGGGCGGCCGAGGACCUUUGCGGGAAGAAGACAGCAAAGAAGCAGAGCGCCGACAGCUGCGUGAGGCAAGGGAGCGGGCAAAGGCAGAGGAGGAAGCGGGCGGCCGUGGACCUUUGCGGGAAGAAGACGGCAAAGGGGAAGAGCGCCGACAGCUGCGUGAGGCAAGGGCGCGGGCAAAGUCAGAGGAGGAAGCGGGCGGCCGUGGACCUUUGCGGGAAGAAGACAGCAAAGAAGCAGAGCGCCGACAGCUGCGUGAGGCAAGGGAGCGGGCAAAGGCAGAGGAGGGAGUGGGCGGCCGAGGGCCCAG